ACUUCUUCUCCCUUUCCACCCUGCUAUCACAUGCUCGCCGAGCACGCGCAGCGGUAAAACAACAAAAGUAUCUUCUGAACUGAAUAUGUAGCGGUACUCUGGGCAUCUCUAUGACGAAAACCAAAGAUGCGGGCCUCUCCCCCGCCCUCGUCGAGACGGUCGCCGGGCUCUCGGCCGGCUCCAUGGCCACCCUGAUCGUGCACCCGCUCGACAUUGUCAAGACGCGCAUGCAAGUUUACCGCACAUCCGUCGCCGCCGGCCUCGGUACCACUACCUCUUCUCCGACCACCGUCGCCCUCAUCCGAUCGCUCACUCGCACCGAUCGCCCGCUCGCCGCCCUCUACCGUGGCUUGACGCCCAACCUGCUGGGGAACGCCACGAGCUGGGCUUCUUUCUUCUUCUUCAAAGCCCGUCUCGAGCGCGCCAUCGCCCACCUCCGUGCCACCCAACACCACGACGCCGACCCUCGUACCCCGACCGAAAUCAAACGCCUCCUCACCCCUGCCGACUUUUUCGCCGCCUCCCUCGCCGCCGGCGCCCUCACCCAAGUCAUUACUAACCCCAUCUGGGUGCUCAAGACACGCAUGCUGGCCUCAGACCGCUCCGCCGCGGGCGCCUACCCGAGCAUGUGGUCCGGCGCCGCCCGCCUGCUGCGCGAGGAGGGGAUUAGGGGUUUCUACCGCGGUCUGGGCGUCGGCAUGCUGGCCGUCAGCCACGGCGCCGUGCAGUUUGCCGUCUACGACCCCGCGAGGCGCAUGUACCUCGCCCGGAAGGGGGUGCGGCAGGGGUUGUUGCGGAAGGCGGGAGAGUCCGAGGAACAGCAAGAAGUGGCCGUGUCGAACGAGGCCACCGUCGUGCUGUCGACCGUCUCGAAGCUGGUUGCGGGCGCCGCGACGUACCCGUUGCAGGUGCUUAGGAGCAGGCUGCAGCAUCACGAUGCUGAGGAGCAGUUUGGGAAGGGCGUCUCUGGCGUCGUGAGGAAGUUGUUGCGGGAGGAGGGUGUCAGGGGGUUUUAUAGGGGGGUCAUGCCUGGUGUGGUGAGGGUGCUACCGGCGACAUGGGUUACGUUUUUAGUGUAUGAGAAUGUAAAAUACUAUUUGCCCAAGUGGGCGCAGGGUGAGGGUCAGGUUGUGGCAUAGACGUAGACGAACUGGUGGUGUUCUGCGAAGACCGGACGGCGACAGUCUGCUUGUGAUUAUUACGGGCUGGUGUUAGUUACACCUGCAUAGACAUUGUUCGUUGUCCGUUACCUUUGAUCCC